UACAAAUUUCUCAAUAGUUCGCCUUGCGAUUUCCCCUUUCGUAGCCGCUCAUCCAAAACGACAAAGAUGCUGGCCUCGAGGACUCGUACAGUGCGCGCCGUGGCCGGCCAGACCCGACGUGCAUUCAGCGUGCCGCCCAAGGCCCCGAUUGUGCCCAAGUCGGCUCCUCCGACGCCAGCCGCGAAGCCGCCGAGCAACGGUGCGCCCGUAACGCCUGCUAAGUCGACCCCUGCUACGGCUGCUGCGGAUUCGAGCACAGGAUCGUCGCUGCCCAAGCUGCUUCUGCUCGGACUGCUGUCCACUCCUGCGGCUACUGCCGUGUACGUGAAGCAGAACCCGGAGUGGAACCCGGCCGCGCUCAAGGAUGACGCGCGCUGGAUCAAGUUCCGUGAACUGGUACUGGGCAAGAAAGUGGUACAGCCGCCUGUGGUUCCUGUAAAGCGCUCGCCCGAAGAAUUUAGCGCUGCCAUUAACAAGGCCCAGCAGGAGGUGAAGCAGGCGGAGAAGGCUAAAAAGGCCGAGAAAAAGGCUGAGAAAAAGGCCGAAGAGAAGAAGAAGAAGGCCGACAAGGACGAUAAAAAGACUGAAACGGUGGAAAAGAAGCUUGAGAAGGCCGAGAAGAAGAUGGAAAAGGCCGAGAAGAAAGCAGAGAAGGUUGAAAAGAAGGUCGCCAAGCUCAAAGAGGAGGGCAAGGACGAGAAAAAGGCCGAAAAGGUGGAAAAGAAGCUGGAGAAGGCCGAGAAAAAGGUGGAAAAGGCUGAGAAGAAGGUCGCUGAGCUCAAGAAGGAGGUGGAGGCCAAGAAGGGAGAGUCAGCUGUGGCCGGCGUCGCGUCCAAGGCUCACAAGGUUGAAAAUGUUGUCAAGAAGGAUGUCAAGAAGGUGGUCACGGCUAUGGCCGGCGCUGCCACUGUUGUCGAGAAGAAGGUGGACGCUGCCACGGCCAAGGCGCGUGAGGAGAUUUCCAAGCUGUCGGGCGAGGCCAGCCCCGAACACCUCAGCCGUCAGAUGGACAAGCAGAUCCAGGCCACCACGAACGGCCUGCUCAGCUCGCUGAAGGCCGAGUCGGACGCGGCCGCUGCCGAGAUGGACAAGCAGUACCUGUCUGGCCUCAACGAGCUUGAUGCGAACGCGUUGGCUAUCCGCGUGGCUCAGCUGGCAACGGAGAUGAAGCACCGCUCGAAGUGGGAGGCUGUGCGUCUUCUGGAGUCGCUCCGCCACAUGGAGGAGGACGCCCAGAAGAAGAGCUCCGAGGUGCUACGUCGUCAGGAUGAGCUGCACAAGGAACUGCUUGCCCGUGAGCUGCGUCUGCAGCAGGAGCUUCUGUCUCGUCAGUCUCGCGAGGAGAUGGAUGCUCUGAAGAAGCAAUACGCCGACGAUCUGGCGCGCAACGUGAGCCAGCAGCGUGCGAGUUUGCUGUCGGAGGUGCAGCGCACUUUCGCUCGUGAGAGUAAGGCGAUCGAGCAGCGUUACGCUCAACGACUUGAGGAGGCGACGCAGAAAAUGCAGAAGACACUGGCGGAGGAGCGUGAGAAGCGCGUAAAGGAGCUGGAGAACUACCGCGCUGAGCUCCGCGCGCUUGGCACGGUUCUGGACAGCUCGUCGACGUACGAGGCGUUCAGCCACCGCGUUCACAAGGCUUCCAUGGCGGCGCUGGCUCUGUCGGACCGUGUGGAGGCUGCGGCUCCGCUGCGCAGCGAGAUUCGUGCUCUACGCGAGGCGGCGAGGAACGACCCGUUCAUCGAGGCGGCCGUCAAGUCGCUACCGCAGGAAGUGGUUGAGCAGGGCGCGCCGUCUGUGGGUCAGCUUCAGGAGCGCUUCAAAGUGGUCAAGUCUGUUGGCCACCGGGCCGCUCUGGUGCCGGAGAACAGCGGCAUCAUUGGCCAGGCGUUCGGCACGGCGCUGUCGCUACUGAUGAUCCCGCCUGGAGGCCCGAUCGAAGGCAAGGACACGGACGCCGUGCUGUCCCGUGCUGAGUUCGCUCUGAAGGCAGGCGACAUUGAAAAGGCGAUCGUGGAGAUGAAGGGUCUGUCCGGCCUCCCCGCGCAGGUUUCGCAGGACUGGAUCGCUGCUGCUGAGUCCCGAUUGGCCGUGGAACAGACGGCCAAGGUGGUGAAGGCGCACGUGGCGCUGCUGGCCGCAAGCUGCUCCUAAGUGCAGUAGAGCAAGGAACCAGCAAACGGUACCGUGUUUGAUAAAGCCAACGAGUUUUAAGCAAGAGUAAUGACAUGAAACUUUUGAGUUGGAGGAAAACCAUGUUUGAAGUGCAAGAAGCUCUACACUCGUAGCAUUUGAAGGCUGUGAAGUGAGCAGAAUUAUUUACAUGCACUUAUGGAUCAAUACAAUCUUUGGACUAUGAACUAUGG